UAUACCAUGCAUACUAAUACACUAAACCAAAUAAUGCAUCAUAACUAAUACAUUCUAUUUAGCAUUAUUUUUUUAGACGCCACAAAACGACCCGCUUAUAAUUUGAAUUGUAAUGCUUUUCCGAAGCUGGAGUUUUUGUCAUUUAGUGUAACAAACAAACUGCAAAACCGUCGGUCCGUUUUUUCCCCUGUGUUUGAGUUGGUUAGUUUCUGCAAAAAAUUCUUCAGUUAUGGAAAUGGAAUACGAAAUCGUAUGUUUUGAUUCAUUCUUCCACUUACCUGCUCCUCUUACUGAAGCUCAAAAACAGGUUUUGGCGUUUCUGGAGUCUGCUUGUGCAGGGGAUGUUGAGCUUUUCAAGAAAUUGGCAAAGGGACUAGAUCAUGAUGGGAAAGGGUUGGCCGCUACGGUGGCGGGUGUAAAGGAUGCUGAGAAAAGAGGGUCAUUGCACUUUGCCGCUGGGGAAGGAAAAAUUGACUUGUGCAAGUACUUGGUAGAUGAUUUGAAGAUGGAUGUCAAUGAAAGAGAUAAAGAAGGUGAGACUCCUGUUCUUAAUGCUGCUAGGCACGGACACACUGCUACUGUCCAGUACCUCAUAGAUAAGGGUGCAGAACCUGCAAUACUCAGCACCUCAGGGGCAGCUUUGCAUAAUGCUGCAAGAAAUGGACAUAUUGAAUUGGUUGAAUUCUUUCUGUCGAUAGGUGUAGACAUUGAUUUGCAAAGUGAUGUUGGCACACCACUUAUGUGGGCUGUAGGUCACAGACAGAAAGAUGUUGUUAAGGUUUUGCUGGAUCAUCAUGCCAAUUUUAAUCAAGUAGGAGAUGAUGGUAUGUCUCCUCUGCAAGCAGCUGUGGCAGUCGAUUCUUUUCCUUGCGUGGAACUGUUAGUAAAGGCAGGGGCUAAUGUCAAUGUUAUGACUGGUGAAGGAAUGUGGUGUGGUGAAAUGACUCCUUUGCUCGUUGCUGCUCGUAAAGGCAAUGCAGAAAGUGUUAAAUGCUUAUUACAAGCUGGAGCUGAUCCUAAUUUCACUGAUCAGGAUGGUUACAAGCCAAUACAUUUUGCAGCUAGAAGUGACAGUCGGGAGUGUGUUGAAGCUUUAUUGACCGUCACAUCAGAUACUUGGGGUGUUUGUGAAUGGACUGUGGAUGGAGUUAUUGAGUUUAUGAAAUCUGAACAGGGAAUAACAGAAGCUGGCAGGCAAGCAAACAAGCGCCCUAAGAAAGAUUUACCGGAGGUGAGUCCUGAAGCAAAGAAGAAAGCUGCAGAUGCAAAGGCUAAGGGAGACGAGGCAUUUGACAGGAAGGAUUUUGCUGCGGCUAAAGAUGCUUAUACACUGGCAAUCAGUUAUGAUCCAACUGAUGGCACUCUGUUUUCCAGUAGAAGUGAUUGUUGGUUCCACCUGGGGCAAGGUGAAUCUGCCUUAACUGAUGCCAAGGCCUGCAAAAGACUUGGACAAGAUUUGGCAAAGGCUUAUUAUCGGGAAGGUGCAGCUCUACGUCUAUUGAAGAGGUUUGAAGAAGCAGCCAAUGCUUUCUAUAGGGGCAUCCAGAUCGACCCUAAUGAUGAGCUCAUAACAGCUUUACAGGAUGCUGUUGCUGAGAGGGAUGCUGAGACUGCUAAAGAAAUUCACGACACGGGACUAGAAUUAAGUUGUGUGUCAUACAAGAGUUAGAAAGCACAUAAUGACAGAACCAAGUAGCCACUUUUUUUGCCCUUUUCUUUGGUAGUUGUAUUUUGAUGGUUUUCUCUCUAGUGAUUUUUUCUGCUGCAAUUUAUAGACUCACUAUUUUUGUUAAUCUCAACUUUUCCCUUUUGCC